AGAUGAAGAUAGCGAUGGAGGGAAUCUUCACAAAUAUCACGAGGACUCGUCUUUUGUGCUGCAUGGAAACUCAAACUGGCCUCAGAGUAUUGGCGGCAGGAAUUAUAAUAUGUCACAUGGAGACAUGGCGAAUGACUGGGGCAGUGACGGGACCGUUUUGGAGUGCUUUCAUGUUGGCAGACCGGGCAACAGGGCUUUUGGAGAGAAAGAUUCAGACACAUCGAAGGAUCAUGUUUCUUGUUGCCUCCACAGCCAACCCAAAUCUCCCCAAGAGCUGUUCACAAACGGGCAGACAGAGUGCGUAAGUGACUGUUCCUGUAACAGCUCCGAUGGUGUCCUAGUGAACUUCUGUACCAUGUACAACCGAAGCAACAACCCUGCCACGCCUCAUGACCUCAGCAGUCCAGCUCUACCCCCCUCCCAGUCAGCUGAGGGAUCUGUGUUCCUCAACCUGCAACCGGUUACUAAGACUCCAGCUGAGGACCGCCAACCAAAUGACACAUUAGUUAACUCUCCCCCAAAAGAAAAGGACAAGUUAGAACCGAGUCCCUGGUCUCCUCAGGUACUCGACUCUAACUGCAAUUUGUACUCCUUGGAGCCCCUUCCCCCUGGUCUCUCCUCAUUGGAGAUAUCAGACCUGACCGCCUGUCUCCAAAGCCAGGCCACACUGGCAAUGGGGACCAACCAGAAGUACUACAAGCUUGUGAGUUGUGACCUUUCAUCCCAGUCGCCCAGCCCGGCCUGGACCAGCCUCAUCAGCUGCCCUGAGGGUCAGAGCUCUCAGAGCAGAAACAGCCCUGCCCCUCCCUCUGAGACAUGCUGUGUCGAUCAUAAGAAAGAAGGGCAACACAACGAAAACAAAAAGGAAAGAGAGGGCAAACAAAAUGAAAAGAUGCUCUCCUCUGCAGAGAGCAGCUCCUCGCAGUUCCCGGCCUAUGACUACCAAGAAGCCAGCACAUCCACGAAACAAGCACUCAGCACGAAGAGACACACAGACGGCAUCCAAAAUGUCUCCUCCGCAACCUCUUCAAUGUGCCCCAGCAAGUGUAGCCCACACAGCUGUACAUGCCAAUGUACCAGCUCUGCAUCCACACUACCAUCUGUGGUUCUGGACCAGGAGCACUGUGAUACUGAUGCUGCUAUAAAGGGAGCAUGUUCAAUUGAAAAUGCAGUUGUUCGAUACAGUAAAGCCCAAAGACCAACCUCCCUGCCCAUCCAGCCUUUUGUUCUGGUCCCAGCAGACAAACCCCAGACCCAGCACUUGGGCUGCCUUCUGGACCAGUACAUAAACCAGAAGUCCAGCAAGACCAGUAGCAACCAAUCAAGUUCAGGGUUUAAGUUCAGGGGCAAAAGGAGUCAAUGCUUCACAAACCUUCAGCUGUCACCAAUGGGCAGCGCCUGCCCUGUCUUCCUGGAGGCUCCUUCCAGCUCAGAUACCUGCUCCACCUGCACGCCAAGUCCAGAGUGCUUCACCCGCAGACACACAUGGAGCCAGUCCAGCAGAAGCCAAGGAUGCCAAAGUCCGUGUACAUCCAAAAGCAGCCUGGAGACAACGUGCACGAGCACAAAGUCUGACCUGGUUCAAGUGCAAGAAAAAACAAGCCCAAACUCUGGCAAAACUCAGGCCAAUACUUUUCCAAAUGUGACCCCAACCCAACCCAUUCUUGCGAAAGUCCCCACCUACCAAGAUCUUAUUAAACUUAUUCCAAAACAGAACCAUGUCAACACUGAAGCCAAAAGUCCCAGUCAGUCCCAGACUUCAUACAACUCAGUGUUCUCUGAUACACCACCCACGUUAACCCUAACAACUGACAAUCCUCACACAAACCUCCAGGUGUUCCUGUCUCCUCCCACAACCAUGCAGCCAGAAAAGAAGGCAGCACCUCUUGCGGAUUCUGGCUUUUUUCACAGUAGUUUUACGGCUGCCCUCUCCUCAGUCGCUCCUCUCUCCUCUUUGAGUACUCUGCUCUCCUUGGCUGCGUCUGGGUUGCAUCUACAGCAAAAUCCAGAUUCUGCCAAGCUCAGUGGGAAGCCAAGUCAGAGUCAACACAGUGAAUCCCUCAUUCUGAGUGACAAGCCGCCUGCUGAGUUCUGCCUUUCGCCCGAUGCGUCUUAUGAGUCCAUGUCUAUCAGCCAUCUGCAGAGGAGAGGUUUGCUGAGAGCUGUGAGCAGAGCUGUGGAUUUGAUCAUGGCUCAUUUUGGCAGCAGCAGAGACCCUGAAGAAAAGAUGCGUCUGGGUAACAGCUCUCGCAGUCCCACAAUCGCCGGGCUGGUCCUGGAACAUUUGUGUCCAACAAUCCAGAAUAUUUUAGAGGACGGUCUCAGGGAUCACAAACUGGAUGUCAUCAUCGGGCAACGACGCAACCACUCCUGGGGUGUAGUGGAAGUCUCAACUAGGCUUGGUCCAUCCACCAGGGUCCUUAACAGCCUGGUUUCCAAAAUCAGGCAAUGUCCACAGCUUAGCAGCCCCUGCAUGAGAUUGAGAGCUUUCAUUAUGGGCCUGCUGAAUUUAAGAGCGUUGGAAUUCUGGCUCAGCCACCUUCAGGGUCAAAAAGAUGUAGUGACAAAGUAUUACCAUUCCUGGGGCUUCCUGUCCAUGUCUCUUCAUCGGUGUCGGCCCUUGUUUGAGGAGCUGCUUCUUUUGCUGCAGCCUCUCUCUGUACUGCCUUUUGACCUCAACUUGCUUCUGGAGCCCCGACUGCUACGUAACAGACAGCUAUGUUUAGAUGAGCCGGGUGUUUCUCCACCUCAGCCAUGCUCAGCUCUCUUGGUGACCAGCUGGCCACUACUGCAAGCUGACAGACAGGUGGAGAUCAACCGCAGUGUUCAGCAAACUAACAUUUCACAUAAGUCCGAUCUGCAUCAACAACAGCAGUAUCUCACUUCUCAGAGUCUGAGUUUCUAUAAGCAGGAUGGAGGAGCGGUUCAGGCUAGCAGGAGUCCAUUGUUAGCUCCCAUCCCAGAGUGGUGGCCAAAAGAGGCGGAUCUAAUGGAGGGUGUAGCAGAAGGAGAGGACUGUAGCCAGAAUAAUGCAGACAAUUGGUCUCAAAUAAGUAUGGACAGCAGGCAAGAAGAGAGGAGGGGAGAGAAAGACAAUGAGACACCAAAUGCAUCCGCUGCUGUCCAGGCUGAGAGUCCAUGUCAGGGUGGGCUGCGCUGGGCCAACCUGUUUGGAGCUGCUGACACUUCAACUCGAGCAGAAACCGUUUUUCAGAGUCAGGUUGGAGCUCAAGCCAGAAGGUGCAAGCGGCCAUCACAGUGGCUGCGCUUGGACAGGUCGCAGCUUGGACUCUUGGCUCAGUCCAUCAGGUCAUUGAAGUUAGGAGGAGCUCAGUCUGACAAAUAGCUUGACAGCUAAACAAAAUGAAACCAGCUGUGAGCCUGCCUUUUUUACUGUACUAACAAAAAGUCCUAAAUGCAUGAAAAUACAUACACAGUAUUCAUUCACACUGCUGAACUGACCAGAAAGCACAUAAUAUACUGGAUCAACAGCUGUGUCAAUGGCCCGUAUUCAUCAAGCUGGGCACUGCACAAGCUGUUCCGGAAAUUCAUCAAUAAUUUUUUUUUUUUUCUUUUUUUGUCUUUUCAUGCAUUCUUUCAUUUUACAAUCAUUUUUGAUGGACUUCUUUGCCUUUAUUUUGAAAGGGAUCUGAACCCUGGCUGCUGUACGUGCUCGAUUAGCUAAGAGUCCUUGGUGCCAAUGUCUUUUGAUAAUCUCAGUAGCAAUCAGCCAGUUCAAAAAAUGAAUUUGUUUGCACCAUUAACUUUGAGGGAAUGAAUGACUCUAAAGUCUCUGUAGCAUCACUGCAAAUGUAAUUUUAUGGUUCAAGCAAAUUAUUACAUUUACAGUCCAAUUAAAUUGUUUUUAUCAAUUUGUUUUAUUUAUUUGCAAACAAGAAGAAAUGUUUUUUAAGGUUCUUAUGUGUUUUGGUAAAAUUGGAAAAGUUCAGACUUCUAAUCUGACAGCAGCUCCUGUCAGACAAGUUACUUUAACAUGUCUCUGUUAUAACUGGGCUAAGUUUGUACUUUAGAACAGCUGCUGACACCUACCGGUACUCCGGGUUUGUCUGACUCCUGAUCUUAAAAUAUCAUCUGGUCGCCGUUUUCUCGGUUUUUUUUUGCUCUCAAUUUAAUUGUGAGAUCAAGCUUCAUGACUGCGCUCUUAAGAGUUAUCAAUUCCACUUUUCCAGAAAUGAACUUGAUGAAUUAGAGCCCAUUUCCCUUAUUUGUAAUUGCACUUUAGAAUAACCGAAAGAAAGGUGCUUUUGUUACCCUGUUUCUCUCCUUUGUAUUUCCUGGAGGUGAAUAUCGAUCAUAAAAUGUGACCUGCUGUUGACUGUUGGACAUUCUUGUGGUGCAAAAACUUUUCAUAUCUCAUAUUAAUACUGUACCUGCGUAGCUAUAGCUUUCAUGUUGGGACUGAAUCAAAAAAAGGCAAUACACGUUUAAUAGUGCCAAACAUUCUGCACACCAGCCUUGUGUACUGUCAGUGAUGUCAGAUUUCUUGAGCAGAUUUGCAGCAUGUGGAUGCAUGAGUUAACACACAUACUGUAGUGCUUCCCAGGUCUUGUGACUUUCUGUGAAUGUUUGUAAAGCUGUAGUUAGGUUUGGGAUUCUUGCUCUGAAACAAAUCUUAAAUUGUGUGUUAAGUGUAUUUGUUAAACUCAGCAGGAUGUCUUCCAGUGGAGUCUUUGCUGUGCACAAAAAUAAGCCCUCUGGUGGCUGUUUCAGGUAUUUCAAUGUGUGUAAGAUAUAUUUUGAUAGACUGCCUGGUGUAUAGACGAGAAGGGAAAAGAGCCAAAAAAAAAAAAAUGUUCUCUGCAUUUGUUAAAAAGGGAAUUUCAAUGUUCUGCAAUAAUGUGAAGCCUGUGAAAUGAUUCCACCCAGCAUCAUUUUCUCAACCUCUGGACCCUUCCUCUAAUGCCCGGUGACAAUCAAGAGUCUUUAAAUAAAGACUGAACAUAU